CAAUAAUUUUUGUACUCCCAUAAACUAUCUCUAUAUUCUGCCAAAAAUUGGGUCCAUGGCCGAACUUUUUUGGCUUGGAUUUUUUCCUUCAAGAAUCUCCCUUUUCCUAUUUUAAGAAUCACUUCUUGUUUUUUCACUUUCAUUAACUCUUUUUUUCCUUCUUUGUUGUUCCCAACAUUUUAGCCUUCUGUUCAUCAUUGUACUAUGAUGGACAAGUACUGAAGGGGGUUUCUUCUUGUUCAAAGCAAAGCUCAUGUCUUUUUGCUUCUGGGUACUUCUAAAAGUGCUUGAUUUGAGGUAAAAGAACUAGGCUUUUUUAUUUCUGGAUAUAUGGAUUUCAGUGUUUUCUCAAGUGGGUCAGAUUAGUUUCGAGCAGGUAUAACAGAAUAGACUUUUUCAGUUUCUAGUGUUAGUGCUAGUGAAAUUUGAAUUUUCUACUCAUUUGAGGACAUGGAUUGAUUUUGGUUUAUGGGGUUACGAGUUUGUGAUCAUCUGAAUAGUUGAUGGCAGCUCUUGGAGGAUUCUUGAAUUAGUCAAUAUUAAAUACUACUUUGUUGUAUUGUGCGGGCGAGAGUUAGCACGAACCCGGUGGAAUAGUCGAGCUGCGAGCAAGCUGUCACGAAAACCAUCGUCAUAGAAAGGAAAUAGUACUUUGUUGUAUCUGUGCCGGUGAGUAGUAGCAAGUAUCCGGUGCAAUAGUCAAGUGCAAGCAAGUUGUCGUGUAAACCGUGGUCAUAAAAAGGAAAUAGUACGUUGUUGUAUUGUGCUAGUGAGAAAUAGCAAAUAGUCGAGAUGCAAGCAAGUUGGCUUGGACAACACCAUCAUAAAACAAAUAGUGCUUUGUUGCAUUUGUACUGAUGGGAGGUAGUAGAUAUUUAGUGGAAUAAUCGAGGUGCGUGCAAGCUGGCCCGGACACCACCCUCGUAAAAAUAAAAAAAAUAAAAAAUACAGUACUUUGUUGUAUCUCUUACAAGACUACAAGGGGAGUAAGCGGAGGAGGACGGGCGGACCCAUUAUCCGGAGUUUCGACCAGAAGAAGUGUAAGUGGAGAAAGGUAGAGGGGCGGGUCCAUCACUCAAGAGUUUCGAGGGCUGCGGUUGGCCCUAGACGGAGUUCUCGGUCAUAAAAAAGAAGUACUAGAAUUGGAGUGGUGAGGUGGAAGAGGAUGAAGAGAGGGAAAAGUGAAGAGAGAGUAAUGGGGCCAAUGUUUCCAAGGCUUCAUGUGAAUGAUACAGAAAAAGGAGGUCCAAGAGCACCUCCAAGGAACAAGAUGGCUCUUUAUGAACAGCUUAGUAUUCCUUCUCAAAGAUUCAACCCUGGUGAUUUGCCUCUUAACAAUAAUACUAACACUGUACCUCCUUACUCAAGUCAGGAGGAUGCUAUUCAACUCUGUCGAUGCGAUUCCAUUUUCUUAAAGGGGAAUGAUCAUGAAAGAGGUGUAUUUUUCUCGAGACAGCUUCCUGAUCCAGUUGAGAAGCCACAUGGCAGCAGUUGUGAUUCAAAUACCCCGUUGCAGAAAGUUGAGUCUAGAAAGCAAACAGAAAAGAAUGAUUUUAGAAUUCCCACGUUUGGUAAUUUCAAGGUGGAUCAGGGACAUGUGAAAUCUUAUAACAUUCUUGAUAUGGAAAAGCUCUCUCCCUCUAAUCAAGCGAUUUCAGGGUGCUCAAACAAAGAAUCGAAAGAAAUUACAUGUCUGAUUACGAGACAGCUUGGUAAAAUCCAGCAUGGAGAGAACUCCAAAGCUGGUGCAAUAAGCCGUAAAUCUACCUCAGAUUCUUUAUCUUUGGAUAAGGCAGAAGGUAUUUUGAAGCAAACUGAUAAAUUGUUGCAUUUCAAACCGAGAAAGAAUCAUGCAAAUACCUUUGGUGAAUUACAGACGACCAAUAUUGUACGGUUACAAUUCAGACCUGAUUCUCGAGGUGAUUGCACUGUCUUUUCCGGAUCUGCCGUGGAUGUCGAUAAUGAAUCCCCGGAAGACAAGACAUGUAAAUCAUCACAAACAGGAGAUAUGGGCCGGAGUGAUGACUUAUCAGAGACUUCUAUGGUGGAGUAUGUACCUGAAAUGGACAUAUCUCCCGAUGAUAUUGUUAGAAUAAUAGGACAAAAGCGUUUCUGGAGAGCAAGACGAGCUAUUGCCAACCAACAGAGAGUGCUUGCAGUUCAAGUAUUCGAGUUGCAUCGACUACUCAAGGUCCAGAAACUGAUAGCUAGUUCGCCAAAUAGUAUGCUCGAAGAUGGUUCUUCUUUAGGCAAACCUUUAAAGAGGUUGUCUACUAAAAGACUUGCAUUGGAGUAUAAUGUCAAAGCACCUGAAAAUGUUUCGAAACAGAAGAAUGAUUCUGAGAAGCCUAACUCUAGGACGGAAUCCAAUGCCGAAAAUGUAGGAGAGACAUCUCUUUCUAGCCGCAGACCACUUUCAGAAAUCGCGUCACCAACACCGGUAAAACACGACUCCCACAUGGGUCCGUGGCUCUUCAAUCAAUCUUCAGGGCAGCAAUGGUUAAUACCCGUGAUGUCUCCUUCUGAAGGACUCGUAUACAAGCCACACCCCGGACCUGCAUUCACGAGUCCAGUAUAUAGAGGUUGUGGACCCCCGAAUCCAAACUUUUUAGCUCCAGCAUACUAUCAAAGAAUGGGAGCUCCUUUCGCGCCUCCAACUGGUCAUGGCUACUUUCCUCCGUUUGGCAUGUCAGUUAUGAAUCCAGUAAUCCCGUCUCCAGCUAUUGAUCAACCGGACCAGAUUGCUGAAACAAGUUCUCAAGGUCAGUUCUCAGAAGGGAGAGCUAAUUUUAACAUUCAACACCAGAACUCAAGUAACGUUGCCAGUGAGAAUAAUGUAACCAUGCCAGACGUGAGAUUGUAUCUCUCUAGAGAUUCUGAGUUGCAGGCCAGCACUGCAAGUAGUCCAAGUGAAAGAAGUCGUAGAGCAGACGUGGUAAACUCCACGGGAGGAAGAAGUGUGUUUCCUCUUUUCCCGACUUCUCCAGCUAGCAACCCUGAUCUUAGGCAGCAGCAACAUUUUCCUAGUAGUCCUACCAAAGUCAUCAAAGUUGUGCCUCAUAAUGCGAGGUCUGCUACAGAAUCUGCUGCUCGGAUUUUUCAGUCGAUUCAAGAAGAGAGAAAACAACAAUGACUCGGAUUUCCAUCAUCUGCUAUACAGAGAAUAGAACUGACUCUUUUUCCGUCAUCUAGAGGGUGACCAUGUACCUUUGAUAACUCUAUCGGUGAGCCACUUUUUAGAUAAUAUACAGUGUACAACGAGUGCUUCUUCCCAUGCUGUACACUUGAGUCCAUUUUUUUGUUGGUCCUCAUUUUGAAAAUGGACAGAGCUCUCUUAAGAUGUCUUCGUUCAGACUUCGGAGUUUGGAUAAAUGAAAAAGAAAUUUGGAACCUGCUGUAGAAAUUUGGUCGUCAUUUCAUAUGUAUUUGAGGUUAAAUUUUCCAUUUGCAUGUGUUGCUACAACUGAUUGGUUUUAUGGAUGAUGUGAACAAAUUAAUUUAGCAUCUAACUGUAAAGAAGCAUAUCUUUGAAUA